CUCUCUCUCUCUGUGGACGGGAUUAUCUCUCUCUUUGGAUCAGGGCAGUGAAGGCAGAUGGUUGUCUGAGAGCGAAACGGGGCAAGAAUGCGUGAGAAGGAAGGAGCGAUUCCCGGGCACAGUGUGGGCUCCUCUAACUUACUCAUAUGGCUUGUAAAGCGCGAGUCGCUGGAACUGAGGCUGUCUUCUUUAAUCUACUGCUAUGUUUGAUGGUAUUCUACACCCUCUAUUACAUGAUCGGAAGUGUCUGCUUUGGUGCAUUCAGGCUUGAGUUAUUCGAUGGGUUGUUUCCAUUUGACUUUAAAACACAAGUUUCAAUGUCUAGCCCGAAAUACCUAGUGAUACUGCUGUCCAUGGAACUCACCUAUUUCAUCAGUGGUCUGGUGUUUGCGGCUAUAGUUAAGAAGUGGAUUUGGGAUUACUCAGUCACCGUUACACUCAGCCAUGUCGUGCUGAGUUCUGCUCUGAUGGGUGCAUUCCCUGUAGCAUGGCAAUGGUGGGUUGCAAUACUUGUCGGCAUGACUAUGAUGAUCUUUAAUGGUCAGUUGGUGGCAUACUUCGUUUGUCAAAAGAAUCACAGUUACCUAUCGGACAUUUGAGAGAAUACUGAUGAAACGUGGCAGCUGAAAUCAAAGACUCAAGGCCAGUUCUCUGCAUGGACUGACAAAAUAUCUAUUAAUUUUAGUGGAAAACAUAUAAGCAAUAUCACGGAUAAAUGCUUGAUAGGUAACUGCAUUUUGAAUAUGAUCAGAUGGGUUAGUUUUACAUGAAUGUUAUAAAAAUCACAAACUAUUUAUACAAGAGACUAUAUUUUACAACUUUGUUCUUCUGUAAAUGUCCCAAAAUAUCUGAACGUUUCAUUGUUGCUGCUUUCCAUGAUUUUGUUAAAAAGUAAAAUGGUGGUAAUUUUAAUUUCAUACAAAGCUGGACCACACAGUUUGUCAGCUUGAGAAAAAAUGUUGCUUUUGACAUACCCGUUACUUGAUGGGAAUUGUUAAAAUAAAAUAAACUCGGGUAAAUAACAACAGUGGAAACGUUCAGUAGUCAGGCCUGCUGUUGUUUCGUGUGACUGUGCAGUGUGGAUGUAAAAACAAACUUGAUAAGAUUUAAAGCUAUGAGCAUUAAAGCAUUUGUUAAUUCAGAUUUUCUUUUUAUGUUGAUUGCUAUUUAUUCAUGGAUGUAAAUUAGAAUUCAAAUGCUCCCCAACAUGUUAAUUCACAGUAUUCAUAUAAAAGAUUAAAAAUUAUUUUGUCUCGAUGGAGAAAUAUACCCAAUAUUUAUUACCUAGAAAGUUUAACAUUUACCAUUGUAAAAAAGACAUGCAUUUUUGCAAUUAAAGUAAACUUUGGAUAAAUAAUGUG